AUGACGGAAAAUGAACAGAAACAAAGGCAAUGCCAGAAGUGUAUUGUGGAGCACGAAGCAUUAAGAAUAAGUUUAAAUGACGAAUUUCACAAUAUCAUCGUGGUUGUUUUAGCAGUUGUUGCUUGCGUAUAUGGACGACUAUAUACAUAUCUGCAUCCAGUAGACUUUCAAGUCGAAGAAGCACAGAGCCUAUUCCACUCGCAACCCCAACAUAACUUCGAUCACCAUCAUAUAUCUGAAGAUGAACACGUCGAUUAUUACGCGUAUCCCAAGUAUGCGUUUGAAUAUGGAGUUAAUGAUUUUCACACCGGCGACAUCAAGACACAUCAUGAAACCCGUGACGGUGAUGUUGUAAAAGGUCAAUACACUGUGGUGGAACCUGACGGCUCAAUUAGAACCGUGGACUACACCGCUGACAAGCAUAACGGUUUCAAUGCAGUGGUUCAUAAGACUGCUCCCAUAACACCCCAAGAAGCUCACAUUAAAUUUUCUGGACAUUAG